AUUGCUGCCAUUGUGCCAGAGGAUCUGCCAAUUCACAAUUCUUUUUCUUCUGUAAUUUAUUAUGUCUCGCCACAAUUUGAACAUUUCCAAUUAAAAUGGUUUAAUACAAGAAGCUGUAGAAUAGUGUUUAUUUAAUUUUAAUUUGGUACAGAAAGUGAAAAUAUAAAGCCUGAAAUAUGAGUGUCUUUAAAUCAGCGAUGGGGUACUUCAGUUCUGGAGGUGCCAACGGAGGCAGUGAUAAUGAUUUUGUUGGUCAAUUUGUAGAAAUCGGGAAAAUGAAACUGCGAGUAAAAAAAGUCAUAGCUGAAGGUGGUUUUGCAUUUGUGUUUGUUGCUCAAGAUAUAUCUUUAGGCACUGAAUAUGCUUUAAAAAGACUAAUGGCAGCUGAUGAACAAGCAAAUAAGAAUAUUAUACAAGAGAUUAGCAUAUUAAAAAAGUUAUCGGGCCAUCCUAACAUUAUAAAGUACAUAGCUGCAUCAUUUAUAGACAAGACGAAGACUACCCAUGGAAUGGGAGAGUAUUUAUUGUUAACGGAUCUAUGUAGCGGAGGUAGUUUAAUGGAGGCGUUACAACAUAGAGGGCAGGCGUUUCCAUUGCAAACUAUUUUAAGAGUAUUCUAUCAGGCGUGCAGAGCUGUGCAGCAUAUGCAUAAUCAAGUACCACCAAUUGCACACCGUGAUCUCAAAUUAGAAAAUUUUUUAAUAUCUAAUGAAGGUACAAUAAAAUUGUGUGAUUUCGGAUCGGCUACGACCGACGUAUACACACCAAACCCUUCAUGGAGUGCAAAUCAGAGAAAUAUGCUAGAAGAAAACUUGGCUCAGUUUACAACACCGAUGUACAGAGCUCCCGAGAUGCUGGACACUUGGGAUAAUCGUAAGAUAGACCAUUCGGUGGAUAUUUGGGCGCUGGGUUGCAUUUUAUACACACUCUGCUUUAUGCAGCAUCCAUUUGAAGACUCUGCAAAACUGGCCAUACUGAACGGCAACUAUAACUUGAACCCCAAUGAUCAACGAUAUAAAUGUUUUCAUGAAAUCAUAACCGGCUGCCUGACUGUGAACCCUGAGGAGCGGCUGUCGAUCAGCGGAGUGCUGGAGCGUCUGGCGGCCAUCGCGGAGUCCAACAACGUCAAUCUGAAGCAACCACUCAAAUUUGAGCGUAAAAAAGUUGAACAAUCUGUGGCCACUAGCUCGCCAGUGACGAAGGAUGUAACUUCGAACAAUCAAGAGAUACCGAACUCCCGACCUCCGGAGCCAAGUCGUCCGCCGCCGCCCGCGCGCCCACCACCGGUCCCGCAGUACCACGCACCUCUACCGCAAACACCAGCCUCUGGUGGCCUGUUCUCCUCCAUCAAAGGUGGCGCUGGUAGCUUCCUCAAGAACCUUAAAGAUACCUCGUCUAAAGUAAUGCAAACUGUUCAGCAAUCAAUAGCUAGAACGGAUUUAGACAUAAGUUAUAUAACUAGUCGUAUAAUUGUGAUGCCAUACCCUUCGGAAGGUUUAGAAAGCGCUUAUAAAACUAAUCAUAUUGAUGACGUACGGGCGUUCCUGGAGAGUCGUCACCCGGGCAAGUACUGCGUGUACAACGCGUGCCGCGGCCGGGUGAACUUUGCGCGCGCGGCGCAGGACGCGGGCCGUGCGCUGUGGCCCAGCCCCGCCCACCGCGCCCCCCUCCUCUCUCCAUACUACGCCUUACUACAACACAUGUACCACUACCUCGGCAGUGAUGAUAGAGCCACUAUUGUCAUCACAUGUCAGGACGGUAAAUCUAUGUCAUGCAUGCUACUCUGCGGGUUACUAUUAUACGCUAAGCUGGUGACAGUCCCGGAGGACGCACUCCAGAUAUUCGCGGUGAAGAGAUCACCAAUCAGCAUAUCUCCCGCACAGCUUCGUUAUUUGUACUACCUUAGUAACAUUGUACGACCAGAGCCAGUUCUCCCACACUUUAGACCUGUUUCGCUAGUUUCUUUAACCAUACAACCGGUGCCAUUGUUUACAAAAGCAAGAGACGGAUGCCGACCAUACAUUGAGAUUUAUAAUGAAGAUCGUUUGAUUUUGUCAACUGUUCAAGAUUAUGACCGGAUGCAUCUUUACAUGAUGGCCGAAGGAAAGGUGACACUCCCGCUGGACAGCACAGUGACUGGCGACGUGUUGAUCAGCGUGUACCACGCGCGCCAGCAGCUGGGCCGCGUGCACGCUGUGCCCAUGCUCUCAGUCAGCUUCCACACUGGAUACCUCGCCUAUGACCAGCACGCCGUCAAGUUCACCAGGUCUGAAAUCGACGGCAUCGAAGAUUCCGGUCCUGUGAACGAGCACUUCUCGUCCAACGUGAGCGUGGUGCUGAGCCUGGUGGUGCAGCAUGGAGAGCGCCGCAAGCCGCGUUGUGACCUCUGGGAGGAAGACCACUCCUUCCCCGUGCGCACGCCAGACCUUCUCUUCUCCACCAACUUGGAGCGAGACGAGACUAUUGACAACUUUGCCAAUCUUCGAAAAAACACGACUGCAGUACCUCUUACAAUAACCUCGGACUACCCACCUAAAGAGGCGGAGAAGCGUCCUCCCGCGCGACCCGUGCCGCCCUCCCCCCAGCCACCGCGACCCGCACCACCGGUUCCUCCGCAACCUUCACAACAACCACAAAACGACACCGCAGAUCUCCUCAACAUAUCCAAUUCAGAGCGAAAGGAAAAAGCAGAGAAAUUGAAGAGCGAUGACUCAUUCGAUUUCUUCGGCAUGAUGGAAAAGCAAAAUGACGAUACUUUCGGCGAUUUUCUAAGUGGAAAGACUACGGAUAACGGACAGUCGAUUUUCGGUGAUCUACCAGCACCUUCUGAUCCUCCCGUCACCCGCGCCAACGUCAACUCCAGCGACCCCCUGAACUUUGACCCAUUCGGCCUUAACGACCCCCUGCCAAAGCAAGAGCCGCUGCUCACACCACAGUUGAUCAAGGAUGAAGGGCGUUCCCAAAGUGUACCAUUAGAUCAAGCACAACCAACACGGAAGGACCCGUUUGCUGACUUUAGUCUGCUUGGCUCUAACAUGCCGGCCAACUCCACACAGUCUACAGGUUCGAUUGGCUCCACGGGAUCGGCCCCGGGGGCCAUGCCACCUCCAGGGGCCAUGCCACCCCCGGGUGUGGGUCCGACUGGCAGCACCCCCCUGUUGACCCCACGCGGCUCCCCCGCGCACACUCCCGCACAUCAGCCCCACACUCCCGCCAGGUCACCAGCUCACCAACCAGAUUACAGUCGGACUCAUUUCGAAACAGCAAAAACUCCAGCUGAAGACAAAUGUAAGAAGUCUACAGAUAUAUUCGGCGAGCUGCUCGGCAGUCAGGGAUAUGACUUCGCCACCAAGCGGGACACCGGCCCUAAGACGAUCAACGCAAUGCGCAAAGAGGAAAUGGUCAAGGAAAUGGACCCAGAGAAACUUAAGAUACAUGAAUGGACGGAAGGUAAGAAGGCGAACAUUCGUGCGCUGUUAUGUUCGCUGCACACGGUGGUGUGGGAGGAUUGCCGCUGGACACGUUGCGACAUGUCUCAACUUGUGUCCGCCGCCGACGUCAAAAAGAAUUACAGGAAGGCAUGUCUUGCUGUACAUCCUGACAAGCAAAUGGGUACAUCUAAUGAGAACAUAGCGAAGAUGAUAUUCAUGGAAUUGAACAACGCUUGGAGCGACUUUGAAAACGACACCAAGCAACAAAACCUCUUCCAAUCUUAAUACCUUCAGCAAAAAUAUCGCAUAAUUGUUAUUAAAGCUUAAAGUUAUUUAGUGUACAACCGGCUUUAUUAAUUUAAGUAGGGUUGUCAUAAUUGCUACUUUAGUUUUUUUAAGUAUUUUGUAUGGGCCGUUAAAAUAGAAGUAUAGUUUAAAUCGAAUUUACAGCAUUUAAAUGUAGUAAA